AUGAGCUCAAAUGACGAGCCAAGCGCUGGCGACGAUGAAUAUGACGAGAAAAGAGAGCUGCGACAACGUCCUCGAAAACGAAGGAAAAGAAACGAUGGUCGAGUAAAGAAGAAGGUGGGCAUUGCCAAAGGCAUAUCGCUGGUUCCUCUUCUUGAGCUUGUGGAAACCGAAGGAGAAGGCGGUGCUGCAUUCGACGAAGUUAUUGAACAACUGCUCCCCGAAUACCUUCAUACUCGAGCAACGUUUCAAGAAAAGGAAAUUGAGACAGACCAACUAGGAAAUGUCCUCAGACCACUGACACGAUCCGAAAUUUCGUCCGUGGUGGAUCGAAGCCCCCUCGGAGGCCCAUCUUCUCUCCUCGACACCAUAGCGCUUCGCAAGCUCAAGCUAGACCGACAAAGGCGCCGAAUCAAGUUCAAUCCCCAGCGCAUCAACGCUCUAGAGGCACCUUUGACGCCACUGAACCCCGCUCGCCCACCUAUUCCUGCAAACCCCCAAGUUCUGGAUGCUCUUUACUCAAUUCAUACGACACCUUUCGAGAACUCUUUCAUCUCGCGUUUGCAAGGUACCAGGGCAGGCGAGCCGCCGGGGGUGAUUGCCAUCGACUGGGAAACCGUCACUCCUUGGAUGAGUCUGAUGACAGACAUUCGUGCCCAUUAUAGCUUAGCCCAGGAACAGCCAAUCGAAACUGUUGCCCCGAUUAUCUACACGUCUCUCCAAGCCUCCCAGCUAUCUCAGAUUCAUGACCUCCUGGAACGCGUGUUCUGGACGGGCAUUGAUGUUACGGACUCCCUUGAUUACUGGCCAGAAAGGUCGACCGUUAUCGCGACUUACAAAAAACUCGUUGUUGGUGUUGCUAUUCUCAGCUCUCCGCGGGAAACAUACAUUACAUAUCUUGCCGUUAGGGCCGGUUGGGAUAAAGCCCAAAUUGCAAGGUUGGCGCCCUUUAUAUGUGCUGCGUUUGAACUGACCCUGGCCGACAGGACCGUACUGUAUCACCUCAUAUCGUUGAACCCGGGAAAGGACAUCACGCUGCACGUUUCUGUGAAUAGUUCUGCAAUGCUUUUGUAUAACCAGUUUGGGUUCAAGGCAGAAGGAUUUGUCGCAGGAUUUUAUGAGGACUAUUUGGAUCCAGCCUCCCGAGCAUCAAAAAAUGCAUUCAGGCUCCGCCUUCGCCAACAGUAA